AUGUAUUAUUCCAGCGAAAAACAAACUGAAGACAAUAAAACUGUACAAAACUUAGCAAAAGGUUUAAUGGAAUUGUAUGAGCCCCCCUUAGUUACUAUUAACGCUCAUUUAAAAGAGCUGACAGAAAAGCAAGAGGCUGUGCACAGCAUGUUGUCAUCAGAAAGACGUAAACUUGAGGAUAUUCAAAAUGACGCUAUGUUGGAUGCAUUAUUGGCAGAUAUAGCUACCAUCAAAGAACGAUUAGUCAAUAUUUCUAAUUCCAUGGUUGGUCUUCACAAGAGGGUCCAGUCUUUACAGACAAGAGCUGCCAAUGUGGAGAAAACAGCACUAAACAGAGCGAAUGCUAAGAAUUGA